AUGGAUAAAAACAAGAAAGACGAACACUCUCAAGGUAGCGCUCCUAUCACUUCUCAGCACCAUACGAAGGAUAUGGCCCUCUUUUUACAAGAUAAAAACCAUUCCCUAGACCUCGUUCCUCAAGGCGAGGAGGAACCAAGUCGACAAGGUAUCGCGAUAUUAUCCCAUUCCUUACUACCCUUACUUAAGAAGACUCCUAAUAUUAAGCCCCCCACCCUAUAG